AAAGUUGUCACGUGACAAUCCAAUCUUAGCUUUGUCUCGUCGGACUAUUCGAUUGCUUCAUUCGCUGGCGUAUAAGAAGCCAUCAAUUUCUGUGGAAGACCAAUUUUGUGUUUUCGCGGGAAAAGAAUGUCUGGGACGGAAGGAAAGUCUAUAUCAUGUCUUGCAGCUGUAGCUUGGGAACCUAAGAAGCCACUUGUGAUAGAAACUGUUGAGGUAGCACCUCCUAAGGCUAGAGAGGUGCGCAUUAAAAUCCUUGCAACUGGGGUCUGUCAUACAGACAGUUACACACUGGGUGGACAUGACUCAGAGGGUGUCUUUCCUUCUGUUCUUGGCCAUGAAGGAGGUGGUAUUGUUGAAAGUGUUGGUGAAGGAGUCACAAGAGUCAAGCCUGGUGAUCAUGUUAUUCCUCUUUACAUACCUCAGUGUGGUGAGUGCAAGUUUUGCCAAAGUCCAAAGACAAAUCUUUGCAGCACAAUUCGAACAACUCAGGGUAAAGGUGUAAUGCCUGACGGUACAUCGCGAUUUUCAUGCAAAGGCCAGACCUUGUAUCACUUUAUGGGUACUAGCACAUUUAGUGAGUACACAGUUGUGGCUGAAAUAUCAGUAGCAAAGGUUGCUGACAAUGCUCCCCUUGAGAAAGUGUGUCUCCUUGGGUGUGGAAUUUCAACUGGAUAUGGUGCAGCUUUAAACACUGCAAAGGUGGAGCCUGGAUCUACUACAGCUAUUUGGGGACUGGGAGCUGUUGGUCUGGCUGUGGCAAUGGGCUGUAAAGCAGCAGGAGCUUCAAGGAUAAUUGGAAUUGAUUUAAAUCCCAAAAAAUUUACUACAGCCAAAGAGUUUGGCUGUACCGAGUUUGUCAAUCCCAAGGAUCACAACAAGCCUAUUCAACAGGUUUUGAUAGAGAUGACAGAUGGAGGCCUGGACUACACCUUUGAAUGUGUUGGGAACGUUGGAACUAUGCGUGCUGCUCUGGAAUCAUGCCACAAGGGAUGGGGAACAUCCGUUAUUGUUGGAGUUGCCGCUGCGGGAAAAGAGAUUUCUACUAGACCUUUUCAACUUGUGACAGGAAGAACAUGGAAAGGAACUGCAUUUGGAGGCUGGAAGAGCUGUGACAGUGUUCCAAAACUUGUGGAUGAAUAUAUGGCUCGCAAGUUAAAGGUGGAUGAGUUUAUCACCCAUACGCUACCAUUGGACAAGAUCAACGAGGCGUUUGACCUUAUGCAUGAUGGGAAAAGCAUUCGAGCAAUCGUUAACUUUUGAGUAUGGCGUCUUUUCCAAGAACACUUCUGCAGGGAGAAGUCAUGACUGAUUUGCUAAACAAUAAACUGAGAUUUUCCCUCC